AAUGUAUCGCCUUCUAGUUAAAAAUUUGAAACAAAUUGUUCAAAUAGUGGACGAUGACGUCACUGAGUUCCUAAUUGGUGAUCAAAUGAACAAUAUUAAGAUCCUAAACGAUUCUUCCAAUUCGCUGGUGAUUUUAGUGGAUACCAAUGGCAAAUUUUCGUACAUCGGAAACUUGAAUGGAGCUGAAAAUAAGCUUAAAGGAGAAGGCGUUGAAAUGGAAAAUUUGAAAAUUAUUGAUUCAAAUGGAGGAAUUGCGAUUCCGGGAUUCGUCGAUGGUCAUUCUCAUCCAGUUUUUUCUGGAGAUAGAGUUCACGAGUUUGCGAUGAAGUUGGCUGGUGCCACGUAUAUGGAGGUCCAACAAGCUGGUGGUGGAAUAAUGUUCACAACAAACAAGACACGAGAGGCAAGUGAGCAAGAUCUCAGAAAGGAUUUUGAAGAGCUUGCCAAGAAAAUGUUGCGCAGUGGAACAACUACAUUAGAGGCGAAAAGUGGUUAUGGUCUAAAUGUGGAUGCUGAGAUGAAAAUGCUGAGAGUUCUAGCCACUGAAAACCCAAACAUCCCUCUGGAAGUUUCGGCGACUUUUUGUGGGGCUCACGCAGUGCCAAAAGGAUCUACGGAAUAUGAGCAAACUCGUAUGAUUUGCGAGGAGUUGAUUCCAAAAAUAGAAGAUGAAAAGAGAAAUGGAGGAUUGAAGAAUGUGGAAAAUAUUGAUGUUUUUUGUGAAAAAGGUGUUUUUGAAGUAGAGUCCAGUCAAAAGAUUCUGAAACGUGGCCAGGAAGCUGGGAUGGCAGUCAAUUUCCAUGCCGAAGAGCUCAAGUACAUUGGAGGAGUUGAGAUGGGAGCCAAGAUUGGGGCCCGCGCAAUGUCGCAUCUCGAAGAAAUUUCCGACAAAGGAAUCCGCGGGAUGGCUCAAGCAGGAUCGGUUGCUGUUCUUCUACCAUCAACAGCCUUUAUUCUCCGUUUGACACCUCCACCAGCACGAAAGUUAAUCGAAAAUAAUGUGAUUGUAGCGUUGGGAUCUGAUUUCAAUCCGAAUGCAUAUUGUCUCGCUAUGCCCAUGAUUAUGCACUUUGCAUGUGUAACUAUGAAGCUGUCUAUGCCAGAAGCACUGACUGCCGCUACUCUCAACUCGGCACAUUCAAUUGGAAGAGGAAAGUCUCACGGAGCAAUUGCCAAAGGAAGAAACGCCGAUUUCGUGAUUCUUUCCGCCAACUCCUGGGAGCACAUCAUCUACCGUAUUGCUGCUCAUCAUGACGUCAUUAACUACGUCAUCAAGAAUGGGAAUGUUGUUGAUAUCUGAUAAUAUUCUUUUUUUAUUGGUUUAAUAUAAGUUUUUUGGGCAUAAAUAAACUGGUGCAGGAUUACAAAU